AGGUGAUGACUGUGAUCAUGUGUGAUUGAGAUGCCGCAUCGCGCCACAUCAGCUGAGAUCCAUCCUUACGUGAAUUGGCUGUAGUUACUUGUUUUUUUAGCGCCAUCACUUGUUUUUUAGCGGCGCGAGGCGAGCACUGAGCAGAUAUUUGCGUGAUCGAGGGAGGAACGGGGAGACUCUUUUGACAGGAUGGUUCUCGCGUUGGUCGCACCUGCAAUCCAGCUAAGCCCACGACUAAUUAUUUGCACUCGAGGCUGCAGUGGCCAUUUGUCAAGCGCCCGAUGGCGCCACGACACCCCUGGCCGGUCGCGCCCUGCCCCGACACCCACGCCGUUCGGGGAGCACGCGAAGUGAUCGCCGGCUCGCCGGCUUCCCGUCGCGACCGUAUAUAUCUUCUCCAUCCCCCCUGGCGGCUGGCACUGCCCUCUGCACGCUCUGCAUCGCCUACUCGUUCUCUGCCUUGGGUUGGCAACGAGUCGGUUCGCGUUUUCUAGCUGCCAGCAGCCGUGCAUUGCAGCACGGUGCUAGAAGCCCACAACACCCAACGGGAUUUUGCUCGAUUAUUGCCGAGCGAUGAGCGAGGGCGCGCGGAACACGCGGCGGUUCUUGGGCGCGUCGAGCAGCGGCGCGGGCGCGGGCGCGGGCGGGAGCGGGAGCAGCAGCGCGAGCUACCGGAGCGGCGGCAUUGGUGCGGCGGCGCGGCGGGCUACCAACGACGUGAACACGGGGAUCCUGGACGAGAACGUCCUGGCGCUGGUGUUCCGGUCCCUCAACUUCGACCCCAAGGCGCUGUGCACCGUCUCCUGCGUCAGCCGGCGGCUGCGCGCCGUCGCGGAGCGCGUGCUGUGGCGGGAGCUCUGCAUCUCCCGUGCGCCGCGGAUGGUGGCCUCGCUCACGGGCGCGGCCCCGGGCCGGGUCGUGGGCGGGUGGCCGGCGCUGGCGAAGCUGCUGCUCUUCUGCUGCGGCGCGGCGGCGGCGGCGGCGGCGGUGCGGGGCCACUUCACGGGCGUGUCCCGCUUCUCCAAGACGUCCGGGCGGAGCUUCCUGUCGCGGCGGUGCCGGGGCGACCUGCUCUACGUGUCGGACCCCUGCGAGCACGCCGUCCCCGGCGCCGACGACGACGUGGGCGCCUACCGCGGCGUGUUCCGGGGCUUUAUGCGCUCCCGGACGCGGGCGUGCCUGGUGGGGCGGCAGGCACCGCUGGAGACCCGCGUGCGCUGCCCCUACUGCGGCGCGCGCGUGUGGAGCAUGGUGGCGGCCGGGAUGGCGCCGCGCAGCGCGUGCCGCAGGCUGGGCGCCUACGAGGGACGGCUCGAGUACUACGUCUGCGUCAGCGGUCACCUCCACGGCAACUGCUGGCUCGCGCGCCUCACCUCCAGCGACGGCGAUCACGACGGCGACGACUCCGAGGAUGACGACGACGACGACGCGUCCACGGAAGGCGGCAGCGAUGGCGGACCCGUCGCGCCGUAAACUCCGACAUGUCAAGGUCCACCACGGAAACGCCAUGUGCUCGAUGGACUUGUGCGUAAUUGGCGUACUGUAGCAGUGUACCAUCAGCAGCACCGUGUCACAGACUCGGUGUCGAUGACUAGCCGGCGUCCUUUUGUGUAGCCAUGGGAGCCCGUAGGAGUAGUAGUAGAAGGCAGCGGCAGUAGUAGUAGUGCUUUUUUCUGGUCCGCGGCUGGAUGGAUAUGGCACCAUGUUUUACCGUUUCAGCGAGCUGUGCGCGCGGCUGAAUGGAGACUUUUGUGAUGUGUUCUGAGCUGCUGUGUUCACUCU